AUGGGUGCGGUUGUCAAGGAGAACAUCAAUAAAGGGGAUAUAAUCGAGAAUAACACUCAACCUGCAUACUCAUUGUUCUUACAAGAGUAUAAAGAGUCUGUCAAAAGAGACGUCAGCCAACAAGAUAUUUUGAAAAAAUGGAACCAACUUUCUGAAGAACAAAGGAAACCUUACAUCGAAAAGGCUCAGUCCAAUGCAGCCAAAUCUAAAGCCAUCGUCCACACAGUCUUUUUAUCCUUACUUGUUGACUUGUUUGCAUUCACUCUUAUUCUUCCACUCUUCCCAAGACUAUUAAACUACUACCGAGUCAAUGGAAAGGAGGUACUGCUAAACUAUGCCUCACAACUAUUGGAUAGAUUCAAACAAUUAACAAACAAUCACACAGGUUCUGACAAGUGGGAUACAGUACUCCUUGGUGGCCUCAUAGGCUCAUUGUUUUCCUUUCUUCAAUUUAUCGUAUCCCCCAUUAUUGGACGUGCUAGUGACAGAAUAGGCCGACGUAGGGUGUUAUUGUACACGAUGGUUGGCAAUAUUCUGUCUACUCUGAUCUGGCUUUUUGCUCAUUCAUUCAACCUGUUCUUAAUAGCUCGUGUCGUUGCUGGUCUGAGUGAAGGCAAUGUUCAAUUAAGUACAGCGAUCAUCUCUGACGUAACAGCAGCCGAUCAAAGAUCUAAAAACCUGGCACUUGUAGGCGUCGCCUUUGCAGUUGCUUUCACACUCGGUCCUCCUAUUGGCGCAUGGUUCGCUUCGAUCGACCUGUCUGUCCUGUGCCCUCCUCUUGCCCGAUUCGGCAUUUACCCUUACUCCAUGGCUGCAUUGAUCGGUCUAGCUCUAUUGGUAGUUGAAACCGUGUAUCUUUAUGCUAAAUUACCCGAAACGGUGCAUAAUCAACAAAGAACUCAGCCAGAGACAGAAGUAAAUACAGUACAGACUGCAUUACUUGAUAUCCAAAGACGACUCUCGACCUUGAUCACCCUCAAGCGUCUCAUGGGCAUCUUUUCGUUUGUUUUUUCCGGCAUGGAAUUUACUUUGGUCUUUUUGACAUUUGACGUCCUCGACUUUAGCCAUAUGCAACAGGGUAAAUUGUUAAGCUACAUGGGUAUUGUGUCUGCACUCAUUCAAGGAGGUUACGUCAGACGAAGUGUUCAGAGAGUGGGUGAAAAGAAUAUCGUCAUUCAAGGCAUGAUCAUGGGUGUCAUCGGCUUUUACUGUUUGGCAGUGACUGCAAAUGCACCACAUCCCUUCUUAUGGUUGUAUAUUGGCGCUACCUGUCUUGCCUUUACCUCUGGAACCGUCGUGAGUGGCCUGACGGCCUUAGCGAGUCUUCAGUGUCACGAGACAAGGGACGAUUAUCUGUCAAAAGGUAGAGCUCUUGGUGGAUUCCGAAGCUAUGGACAGUUGGGAAGAGCAUUGGGUCCGAUCUCAGUGUGCGCCUUUUAUUGGAUGUUUGGUCCUGAAAAAUGCUAUGCCGCAGGAUCGCUCAUGAUGAUGGCUACCACCUGGUUAACCCUACUUGGUAUACCUAAUAGAAGAAUAUCCAAUAUUCAUAAAAAAUCACAAUAA